AUGUAAGCUGCUAUGGGGGAGGGCCUGGACAGGGUGGGCUGCAGGCUGCUCUUCUCCCUGACCUUAGCCUGUCCUCAGCCACUGGCCCUGUGAAGAGCCAGCCUCUCCUGCUAGAGUUUCAAACCCACAGAGAGGACUCCAUCUGCACCUGGGUCCUCCAUGCCUCAGCUCUUCCCAGACACGCUGCUGUCCCCAGGGCCCUCUGAGGAGCGCCCCCUAGGCCCUCACCCACAGGCAGGAGAAGGGCUGCCUGGGCUCCCAUGGUCUCCAGCUUAGUGGAACAGGCAUUUCUGGGCACGUGCCCGGCCAUCAGAAACCAGCAGUGAAGCACAGACCCUUGUCCUCCGCCUCUCACCAACAGAGGAGACAGGCAUGUGGAUGCAGGUGCCACACUGGGGGCUUGGGAGGAGGUGGCAUGUUCAGAGUGGGGUCUAGCUUGGGGGUGGCCCGGUAGUGGCGACCACCUGCCUGCAGUGGUGACAGAGGUGAAGGGUUUCAUCAGGCUCCGUCGGCGAAGCCUUGACUCAGGCAGGCUUGAAGCCAGUAGAACUGUCCAGUUUUUCGAUAGGCAGCCUGCAAGGGGCAGCUGUGUGCCCGGGGUCACCGCUGUGUGUAGCCUUGGGAGGCGGGAGCUGAAGGCUGGAGGGGAAGGUCAGGGCCAAGCUGAACAUAGCAUCACAUACCCAGGGAAGAAACUUGGACCUGGUCUGUGGUAGGGGGGGAGGGGCCUGUGUUGUAAAAAUUCCAGCAGCCUGGUGAAGGAUGCUUUGGCGGGCAGAGGUGGAAGAAUGGGGGCCGUGACGUUGGAGGCAGUGGUCUGUAGCAGUGGGAGGGACAAUGGCAAUGGCAGCAGAGAGAGGGAGAUUGGGGUAACCCCAGCUAGUCUUGGGGACUGGCGUGGAGGAAGAAGAUGGUGUCUAGGAGAUGAGGAGCAGAAAGGACGAGGGACUUUGGGGUUAGGCAGAGUGGACAGAAUUCCAGGUUCCUGGCAGAGCGAGCCUUGGUGUGCACAGGAUGCUGAGGCAGGCUUGUGGAGACGUGUUGUCUCCAGGACUUACAAAGGGAGGUGGCCACUGGGAAGUGAGUGCAGGGACAACAUGCAGGGGGUGACGGGGCUGAAGGAACCCCAAGAACUUGUCAGCCUUGGGUUCUCAGGACCAGGAGUGUGAAUGAGGCCACUGGAGGAGCCAGGGUUGGAAGCAAGGGGCUUCUCUCCCUGGGGCCGUCGGCCGUCAGAGGAGAGCGGCUGGGCCAGCCGGCAGGUUGGCCAUCUCAAGCAGCUGGAUUACCAAAGCUCCAGAGCCCUGGGCUCAGCCCUCAGGUUCUGAUACUACAGAUCUGGGGUGGGGUCAGGAAUUUUGUUUUGAAGGCUUGCUGUGGUUCUGCUGAGCCAGGUUCACACUGCAGGUGUAAGUGGACUGAGCCUGGCUACUGAGUGGAGAACCAGGAGCCAGCCAGAGGCCUUCUGGUGGCACCUGCAGCUGAGCCCAGGCCUGCGAGGGGAGGAUGUCCAGUGCAGGGCCAAGCUGCACGCGCUCACUGGUCGCCUACCAGGGGUCCAGGGCUGCAGAUUCCAGUGAACAAAGCCCUCCCUGCCCUCCUGAAGCCUGCACUUGAGGGGCAGGGCCAGAGCUCUGCCACAUCUGGAAGCCAUCCAUCUAGCCUAAGGCCGCUCUAUGCUGCAGGCAGCUGAGAGGGAGAGGUGCUGAGCCGGGGACAUGGGGAGCCCGGACACUCCCUCUCACGUAGACCCUGAGACGGGCGGAGCCGAAAGACCCACCCUGGGCUCCUCAGCUGGCAGGACCUGCCCGUACCUCCUGCUAUGCUAGCGGGAGUUGGGGAGGCUGUUUGAAUGGCUGGAGCUCUGGGUGGUGAGGAGCCCCUGCCCUCUUCAGAGGGCCUAUGUCUGUAGGGUGUGUUAUGGACUACAUCACAGAUGAGGAAACUCUGGCACACAGAGAUGAAGUGACUUGUCCGGCUAGCAAGAGGCAAGGUCAGGACCUCAGCUGAGAUCUGACUGGACGGUGUGUGCCCUGAUUCCCUGGGCAGCGACACUACAACAAGAUCGGGUUUGGCACCUAUUAGCCAACAGCAUCAGUAAGAACACAAACAAGCCUCAGGGCGGAGGUUGCUGGCCCUGCAGGUGCUGACGCAGGCCUGGAAUGAAGGCCCUUUGUGAGGUGGCCCUGGGAACUGGCAACAGGUUCCGUCCCGCCAGGAGAGGGACGACAGGAGCUGGGACCUGUGUAGGAGAUGGUUCUCGCCAUGCUGGGGGCUCUGCACCUCCGGGCUGGGCUCAGCCUCUUCCUCCACCUCAUCCUGGCAGUGGCACUGCUUCACUCCCAGCCUCUGAGGUCUCAGCGGUCUGUUCCUGAGGCAUUUUCCGCCCCCCUGGAACUCUCGCAGCCACUCUCCGGCCUGGUGGAUGACUAUGGCAUCCUCCCCAAGCACCCGUGGCCACGAGGGCCUCGACCCCUCCUGUCCCGGGCCCAGCAGCGCAAGCGAGAUGGGCCCGACCUUGCUGAGUAUUACGACGACGCACACCUGUGACCCAAGGCCCCCAUAAAGAUACUACGCAUGACAAAGGCUUGGCUUUCCUGGGCUGGGAGUGAGAUGGGGACAGGAGGGGUCCACACAGAUACAUCCACUGCAGUCCAGACAGGAAAUGGCACUUUAAUAGUUGGGGCCAGGGUGACAGGACCAAGAUGGGGCUGGCCUGUGUCAGUCAGGAAGCCUCCCUCUCCUGCUGGGACAGGGCCUUGCGGCAGUUCCUCCUCCCCACUGAGGUCCUAGGCCUGCCACAGGCCAGCAUGCCGGUGAGGUCAGUGGCAGGAGCCACCCAAAGUCCCGCAAAUGACGGAGCUGAGAACAGGGUCUUCACCUCCACGUGUUGCCAUUUCCUCACUGGAAAGUCCUUGGGAGGUGGCUGGACUCAGCCUGAGCUCAGGGCUCUUCGGUGGGGGUUGGGGCAGGGGCAGGGUGGGCACUUGCAGGUGGCACAGGCUUCAUCAAGGCAGGAGCCAGAGCGCCCGAGCCCUGGCAGGGGAGGUAAGGCCCAGGAUGGGGCAGGGCCGUGUGCUCCUGGAACGGACAUCCUUCUCUGCCAGAGGCCUGCCCCCCAACCCUGCCCCUUCCAAUCCCCAGGCAGCCCACUCUGCCCUCCAUAGAUGAAUCUAAUCCCAUAUAUUACAAUAAACCGCAUUUGCCUCUCCCCAUUGCCCCACCCUCCCCUACCCUGGGCCAGCAGCCCCCACUUCCUCAUCCCCUGGUGGUAGCAGGUGCCCCUCCUCAAGCAGUGCCACAUCCUGUCAGCAGCCAGCUGUCCGGGCACUGGCCUGAGGGCUGGGGGACGCAGAGGGCGGGGCUGCACUGCUACUCCAGGUAGAUAUCUUCUGUGGGGCAGGUGUACUCCACAAACUGCUUGUAGAACUGCUGGAAUGCUCUCCUAGAAGCCAGGGGACACACAGAUGGCUCAGACCGCCACUGGCAAGGGAGGAAUGGGAUCCCGACCCAGGGUUUUCCCACUCAGCCUUGGGGCCUGAAUGCAGCUCUGGUUCCUCUGGCCGGGGCCACUUGGCUCUGUUCUCUACAGAAUUGCCAUUGCAUUUCCCAGUAAGAUGUCAGUUGAAGACAUGGCUCAGCAGCUACCAAGCCUGGAAGCCACUCCUCAGGCUCGCCCUGCUCUGCCACCCUCCCUCCAGACCACUGCACUGGGGUCUGGAGAUGGUUCUCCAGAGCUGCGGGGGAAACCAAGGGGCAAAGCUGAGCACGAGGAAGCAGCCCUAGGGCCUGGGAUUAGGUGUACUCCCUCGGGCUGGGUGCUCAGCAGGAUGCACACGUACCCCACGGACUCUGCCAGGGCUUUGGUGGAGUCUUCAGACACAAAGACAUGGCAGGCAAACCGGUGGUCGGCGGGGUGCUUGGUGAUGAACCCAAAGUACCUGCAGGGACAGGUCUCUCUGUGCUGGGACAGGGGCUCGGCCCACACCCAACCACCUGAAGGCUGCAGACCACCUGUGCCUCCUCCACUGCCAUGCCACCCCCACUUACUUGUUGUUCUUUGGAUGAUAUCCACAGAAAGAGAUGUUUUUUAACUGGAAAAAGUGGCUACAUUUAUUUCCCUACAGGAGGGAGAAAAGAAGCAAGAGGCGGUCACCUGGCCUGCAAUGAGGGUGAGAGGAGAUGGCCUCUUCACUGCAAGUCUUGGGGGAAAACUGGGGGCCAUGGAAGGAAGGGGCUGGGUUGGGAGAAGUCACCUUGGCCUCCUGGGAGUCAUCGGCCUUGACGCCUAUCUUCACACCCCGCACGCUGAUCUCCAGGACGCAGCUGGAGGGUGGGUUAAAGUGCACGGUGAGCCGGCGGGUGGUGGCAAUCUAUAGGUGACACACAGAGCCACGUCAGCUGCUGUCUGUUCCUCUGCUGAUCCCUCCUGUCCCAGGGCCUGAGCCCUGAGGCCUUUACUGCCUCUAGACACCUGUGUUCCUCUGCCCCAGGGAGCAUCCAAGGGAGGAGAAGGGAGAGGGCUCAGGUACCUUUUGCAUAGCGGCACAGAGGACGUCAUUGCCCUUGUGAUAGGGAACCUGGACUGAGCCCAGGAACUUCACCCGGAACUGGUCCACCCAGUCACUGUUUUUGGCCAGGGCUGGAAAGCAAGUGUGAAUUGAGGAGGGGCAGAAACAGUAGGAGGGAGCUGAGCAGCCAAGCGAAGGAGGGCGGGUGAGGCACGGGGAAUGGCAGAGCCCACAGAGGCUGCCACAAUCCCUGGCUGCCCAACUUGGCCAGGCCUCACUUUGCUCGAUCGUGAAAAGGACCUAAAAUCACCUCCACUCAGCCCCCGACCUGUCUGGCUAAGAUCUGGAGUACACGUUCACCCAGCAGCAAGUCGGGGCAGACAGAUAUGGCGGCUGGGGGCACAGGCCAGGGAAGGAACGCUACCUGCCAUGUGCUCGGGCUCCUUGGUGACCUCGAUGGCAUAAUAGGCAGGAAAGACGCCCCGGGCACCGGUGCGCAUGUUGUAGGCCUCAUACCAGUAGUCUUCAGCCUGGAGCUCCACUAGCAGAGGGUCAUCCACUUCCAGCUCAAGUUCGUCUUCGUGUCGAGGCACAAACCUGUCCCCAGCAAGGACAGGUGAGAAAUUCGGCACCAGGGCCUGUCCGGCCAGGCCUACUCUGGGGUCUGGGAGCCACAGCAGCAUCGUUAUUUCAGUAAACAUUUGCAAAA